AUGGGGCGACAAAAUCACCGUCUACACCAACCACCGCUGCUCCUAGGCUCACCGCGCACACAUCGUGAUCAAAGAACUCGGCCUGCACGUGGCCUGGUGCCAGCGAUCGAAUUCAACAACCAGAUCCUCACCGAACCCGGCGUCGUCGCGCGCUUCUUCGCCGACGCAUACACGUCCCACCUCGUCCCUGCUACCGGCACCGCCGACGCCGCUCUCGUGCGAGAACGCAUCAAUUCCUUUGAGGAACUUGUGAAGGAAAUUUUGGACAAGGUGGGUAAGGAGAUUGAGCCGCUGCUUAAGGAUGCACCUCCACUCUUUGGAGGCAGUAGCAAGGUGACGCUGGCGGAGGCGUUGACUGCGCCGUUUAAUCUGCGGGUGUACUCGUUUAGUAAGAAUGGGCUGUUGCCAAAGAGUGUGGUGGAGGGCUUUGAGAGGUUGCCGAAGUUCGAUAAGUGGGCGAAGAAGGUGAUUCAGGAGGAGAGUGUGACGUAUGUCUGGAAUGAGGCGGAGGUCAUCCCUGCGACGAAGAAAAAGAUUGAGAAUUUGAAGGCGGCGGCUAGGUAAGUCAG